AUGCUUGGAAUCCUCUUUGCUCUGUUAGCUCUGGCCUCUGCAGCCUUUGGCUGCGGGGUUCCUUCCUACCCACCUCUUGUGACCAGAGUUGUUGGAGGGGAAAAUGCAAGGCCAUACAGCUGGCCCUGGCAGGUCUCCCUUCAAUACUAUGCCAAUGGCAAGUGGAGCCACACCUGUGGGGGAACCCUGAUUGCCACCAACUGGGUGAUGACAGCUGCCCACUGCAUCAGCUCUACUAUGACCUACAAAGUGCUGAUUGGAAAAUACGACCUGUCAGCUACGGAAGCAGGAUCAGUUGCAGUUUCUCCAUCAAAGAUCAUUGUCCAUAGGAACUGGAAUUCAAAUAAUGUUGCCAAUGGGUACGACAUUGCUCUGAUCAAGCUCUCUCAGCACGUCACCCUGAGCGACAAGAUCCAGCUGGCCUGCCUGCCCGCUGCCCAGACCAUCCUGUCCGCCAACACUCCCUGCUAUGUCACUGGCUGGGGAAGACUGCAGACUAAUGGACCCCUUCCUGACAAGCUGCAGCAAGGCCGUCUGCUGGUGGUGAAUUAUGCCACCUGCUCCAGCUCUUCCUGGUGGGGAACCACUGUGAAAUCCACCAUGGUUUGUGCUGGUGGGGAUGGAGUCAUCUCCAGCUGCAGCGGUGACUCUGGUGGCCCGCUGAACUGCCAGAGGGCUGAUGGCACCUGGGAAGUGCACGGCAUUGUCAGCUUCGGCUCCUCCAUCAGCUGCAACUACUACCACAAACCCUCUGUGUUCACCAGGGUCUCUGCCUACAACAGCUGGAUCCAGCAGGUUAUGGCAAGCUACUAAUCCACUGAG